UGGAACGAGUAACAUUAAAUCGUUUUGUUGGUAGUGGGGUACGCAUGGAUAUUACGAAUCGCCUUUUCAGUAACAAGAACGCUCGUGUAUAUAAUAUUUUAUGUAGUUUAAAAGGAAUCUAAAAUUGGGGAAGAGUGGACACAUACAUAUGUAAUAUUACUGAAGCAAACCAAAAAAAAAAAACCAACUAUAAUUAAAAUAAUAAACAAAUAUUUCGGCGUCGUGUCUAAAUGCGUAAGCGUUUGAAGUGUAUUUUUUCGGGCGUAUUUUACGUUUGUUAGGGUUGAUCGGAAGUGCCAUUGCUUUGAACUAUCUAUGUAUCUGUAUCGAGUCUUCCGUGUAUAAUUCACCUUCGCGGCUCAGUGUGUGCGUGUGUGUGUGAGUGUUUUCCGGGCUUACUGCCGUGGCGGCCCAUAUUUUACCCCUUUGCACUCCCAAAUCGAGCCCACAUCCGCGUGCGUUUGUUUGUCUGUCGUGCCUGUGGUGCCUAUGAAAAUGAGUGUUGUGUCGACUUUGCUGGCUCAACAAGUCAACAAUUGGCAGUUGGAGGAUUUUGCUUGCUUUCGCAAAUGUGGCGAGAUUACAGUGUCUCCAGAUGCGCAAACCUAUGGCAUGAAUUGUCGCUUUUGUCCCGGCAUUUGCCUACAAUUCGAUGUUUUCAUUGAUCAUAUGCGCGAGGUGCACGCGGAGCGGGUUAGUGCGCUGUAUCAGCAAUCGGAAGCGCCUGAGCGGUCGCCACUCGGGGAGGGAAAAUGUGAACAGAGCACACAAACACAGACUGAAAUGGAAACCUAUUAUGGUGACGCCGGCAUUGCUGCUGCCACCAUCGACGAUUUUGAUAUUGAUGUAGAGUGCACUGAUGGCGGCGAUGAGUGCGCUUUCGACUACAAUUACGUCGAUGUUGGCGCUGGCAGUGACACUGACACCGACUCCGUCGCCCACACCGCACAACCCCGUAUCCAACGCUAUCAACUACGCCAGCACCGAACAGCUGUAGGAAAUGGGGCAAUCGAAGAUAAGCCGCGGAAAGUAUGCAGUUGGAAUGAAGCGCCGUCAGCAAAAUGCAAUGGGACUUUGGGAAAAUUCAAAACACUUACGACUACACAAACCCCACCAACACCCGCACCAACACCAUCACCAUGGACAACGCCAGUACAAAAUGAGAGAAAAGGAGGAACAGCAGUGACAGAAAGUGCAAGCGAAACACUCACUUCAAUGGCAUCGGACACACCUGGUGUGUUUAGUGACGCUAGUUUGGGGUUGGAUAUCGAUAUGGUGGAUGUCGUGGAUGUGGAUGUGGGCAUGAACGCGCAGAAUGGACCGGAAGCGCCGCAUGAAGUGGACUUGGUAUAUAUAAUGGAAAGUGCAACGCCGGACGGUGUUAUAGAGGAAGAAACCGUUGUUGAUCCAUUCGAAAUGGCGCAAGGUUGGCGGCGUUCAACAGACUCGUCAGAGUGCGCGGAAAAUGAUGUGCCCAAUCGACGCUCCACGAAGGAAUUAUGUAGAAAUUUAAUAGCAUUACCGAUGAGUGCGUUGAAAGCACAAGGCUGUGAUAAGCCUUUGGUCAAUGAGAAUGAACACAGCACCGAAGUUAUCUUUUACCUGCUAGAGGCUUACAAAAAUCACGAAAAGCUCUGGAAUCCCAAUCAUCCACAAUAUAAGUACAAUGCCAAUCGCAAGAUGUUCGAAGAGCUUUCGCGUCCCUUGCUGCGUGAUAUGAAUUACUCAUUGGAUGGAUCGGAGAUCUAUGCGAUCAUUAAAAGUUUGCGUUCACGCUAUCGACUGGAGUUGUCCAAAACGCGUGAGCGCCAGGGCAAGUACAAGACACGAUUCAAAUAUUUUGAUAAAAUGGAAUUCUUGCGAGAUAUCAUUGAGAAUAAGCGAAUUGAACGUAAAGUCAAGAAACAUAUUGAUUGUUCAGCAUCUGAGAAAUUUUUGGAGGAAGACUGCACAGAAACGACACGCUCCGCACAAGAUCGCGACGUACUCACUUAUCUAUUGGAUGCGUUUAGGAGAGAGGAAGCGCUCUGGAAUCCACAGCAUCCCAAUUAUUUGUUAUGUAAUAAGAAUGAACUGAUGCGUGAGAUCUCAAUACAAUUGUUGCUGGAGAAGGGCGUAACCUUGUCGGCGGAUGAAUGCUUUUCGAAGAUUCAAAAAUUGCGUACACGUUAUCGUAGAGAAUUGCGCAUCGUACACGAACAGAAAGGACUGUAUGCUCCGAAAUUGUGGUGCUUUGAACAAAUGGAAUUCCUGCAGAAGAUCUUCGAAGAUCAGCUACUCGAUCGGCUAAAAAAGCGGAAAGGUGUCAUAGCUUGCAAGCCAAAGACUCAGUACUUAAAAGCUAAAUCUAUAGACUUCAAGAGCACCGACGAUCAUCUAACAUUCAUUGAAAUCUACAAAAGCUAUUCAGCACUCUGGGAUGUUGAUCAUCCAGAUUAUCGCUCGGCCACCUAUCGCAAUGAGGAACUCAACCAAAUGCUGGAGGAGGUUAAUCUGAUGCUCGGUAUAAAUAGCACACUGGAAGAAUUACAAAAAACCGUAUAUGAAUUGCGUAAGGAGUUUUCAGCAGAGAAGCAUAAGCGUCUAGUCGAACCGAACGAUGCAACAACGGCAUCUCCAUCGUCAAUUAUACAAAGGAAGCUGAUGGAAUUUCUCGAUAUAAAUGUAGGACCCUUUCGUUGUGAUGUUUGUACUGAGGUAAUAAAAACCUCUGACCAGUAUAAGAUUCAUAAAUCCGGGCACGACGGAAUGCGGCCGUUUAUUUGUACGCUUUGCGGCAAGGGUUUUCAAAUACCGGGUAACCUGACGAUUCAUAUACGGCGACACAAGGGCGACUUUCCGUAUGCAUGUGAAGUUUGUGAUAAGAAAUUUGCUACAUCUACUGAGGUUGCAAUUCAUAUGCGAAGUCAUACAGGUGAGCGUCCUUACAUCUGCGACUUCUGCGGCAAAUCCUUCAAAACCUGGUCCUUUUAUGAUACUCAUCGACGUGCCCACCUCAAACAGUCCAACUUCCUCUGUCCCAUCUGUGACAAGGCUUUCUACGAACGCAACCGUUAUACAGAUCACAUGAAUGGGCAUUUGAAUAUUCGCAAGCAUGUAUGCGAUGUCUGUGGCAAAGCAUUUACUACAUUUGCGAACUUGAAGAAGCACACCGAACUGCAUUUGCCAGUGAAGAAGUACAAAUGCGAUAUUUGCGGUCAGCGGUUUGCGCAAUUCGCGAGUGUGCGUUGGCAUAAGCGUAAAACGCAUGCACAGGCGCACGAACAACUCGAACAGAUGGAGCAGUGAAAUAUGAAAAAAAUAUGCACAUAGAGGUUUUUGGUUUUGGGAAAUCUUAAAGAAUAUUAGAAUUAUUGAAAAGGAAUUCUUCGAAAUAUUUUAGCUUUGAAGCGAUUUAUUAUAUUUAAACAAAAUUUUUUUAUUUUAUUUAUGUAUAUUUGCGUAAAUGCAUACUUAACAUACAUAUAUUUAGGAACAUAUAAAUACGCCUAGUAACUUAUUUGUUUUUUAGUUAAUUAUCUAAGUAGAAAAUGCCAGUAUAUGAACAUUUACAAGUAAGUGGUUACUGUAGUAGUUGGUACUUUAUAGGAAAAUAAACAAUUAAGAGUAUUAUGCACACAAUCAAUUUUGAAGUGCCUUCAGCGGUAUUUAGACCAUACAUAGGCUGCCAGUACAUUUCAACAGAUUUUGAGUGUAUAAAGUAUAAAUUUACAUACAUGGAUACUACUUAACUUAAAACGUAAUGUAUAAAAAUAUUAUAUAUAUUAAAUAACUUCACUUACACUUGUGCCCAUUAACUAUUUAGUAAUGCUAUUAAACUUUGAAACGUCACACUUACAAGCAUAAAACAUAAUUUGCACUAAAACAACGAAUAUGAGCAUAGGUAUAGUAUUUAAUCUACCGAUGCCAUUAGCUUCUACUCACAUAAUUCACUAUUGGUCUUGCCUGCUUUUGAGUCAGUAGAGUGUUCCAUAGUAGGGCUUUUUUAUAUUAAACGUUAUUAAAUUAUUUAUCGACACACCAGUCAAUCGUAGUCGCGUGUAAUAUUAUUAUUGUUACAAAGGAACCCCUGUGUCUGCCUCGUAGUAUUUUUGAUGUUUUCUUUAGAUAUUAGUACGCGGCUUUUUGACAUAAUUCUGUAUUAAAGAAUGCUUUUGUUCUUUUUUCAAUUGAUUUGUAUGUAAGUUAUUUUUAGUUAGUUGAGUUACGUAGGAAGUUAAGUUAUUGAUUGUUAAUUAUAGUUUCCACAAAUAGAUGCUAAAGUUUUUGAGUCGACAACAUUACCUUAGAAGAUAAUGAACUAUUUAGAAAUUAAUGAACUAUUUAUUUAUUAAAAAUUCUUUAUACAUUUAUGUUUUUUUUAUAAUAAUUAUAUAUGUGUACUCCCCUUCUUUUUAUUACACUAUGCGACAAAAUUUAAUUUUUUUUUAACAUAUUAAUUUUCGAUAUGUAUUUUAAAUUAGAGGUUCGUUGAAAUUUUUAGCGAGAAAUAUGUUUAAAAAAUGAUUAUAUUUU